CUUUCAAAACAUUAUCGGACAUAAGGAAGUAAGGUGUAGUCAGUGAGUGAGAGAAACAGGGAAACAGAGACUCGUUUAACACAUUGUUUAGUAAAUAACACAACGGUAGCUCGUGAGUGACAUUAGAAACUGAACAUUAGGGUCAAUAACGUAGCAACAGAGGACAGAAGAUGUUUAUUUUUUAGGUUAUAUUCACGUUAAAUAUGAUGAGCCUACAACAUAGCCAUUGCUAGCUAGAAGCUAACAUAACUGUUACAGCACGGCAGUGAUGGAUCUCAGUCCGACUCUAAUGACAGUGAACGCAUCUGAUCGUGUCAUGAGUAACAUUACAGACACAUCCUGUAGCAGUAUUUUACUAGCUGGUGGGAAGCGGUUAUCUAGCUGUCUAUAAACAAUGGCUUCAAUGGAGAGAGGCAGCGAGGAAGAGGCAGCUCCUGAUGAGGAGGAUGGAGACGAGGAAGGCGGUUGGAUUAUAAAGCCAGGCAGGUCGGAGGCUGAAGAGGUGGAAGUGACACCUGCUUGUAACGGGAAGGACCCUUGUGCAGACAUUUUGGCGCAGAGGCUCUGGAGAGGACUGGUGCACCAGGAGGAACCAGAGAGGAACACCAGUGGAGGGAUGUCUGACGGUCAACCAGACGAUGCUCCCUCGGUGUCCCCCUCCAGUCUCAUGGACACCUGUGGUCCUUCCAUAUCAAGCCUCUCCUCCUCUCACUCACCCACCCACCACCAUGCCAACUUGUACUCAUCCUCAUCCUCUUCUUCCUCUGUCUUGUCUCUGACUCCACCCUUGCCUCCCUCUGUGGAGCUCCCAGCUGUGUUGACUGAUACAAGACUGACCCUGGAUGUGUACCAGGGAGGAGCAGCUGCACUGCCUCUGAUUUGGAGGUCCAUCCCAGGGCAACUGGGGGGUCUCCAGUACGUGAGACUGGGCUCAGAGGACAAACCAGGCCUGGAUGGUGCCCUGGAGGUCCUACACCAUCUGACAGAGCUGCGCUCACUUGCUAUUCGGGGACACUGUUUUUAUGACUCGCAAGGUGACCCGCUGCCAGGGCUCCUCACCACUUUGCCCACAUCUGUUUCCUCCCUUUCUCAUCUGGUGCACCUGGAUCUCUCCUUCAACCAGCUCUCCUGUCUGCCAUCCUGCCUUCUCAGCUUGCCCGCGCUGUCCUCUUUGCUCCUCUGUCACAACCACCUCUCGGCCUUGCCUCCUGAUAUUGGCCAGCUGUCCUCCCUCACCUACCUCUCCCUCCUGGGGAACAAGCUGGUCUCUCUCCCCCCAGGUGUGGGUCAUCUGAAAGCACUAGAGACACUGGAUAUUUCACAUAACCUCCUUCAGCAACUACCUGAUGAAAUUGGUUCCCUGGAGGAGCUGGUAAAGCUGGAAUUGUCUCAUAACAAGCUGAAGCAGCUACCAGAGAGCAUGGGCUCUCUUCUCUCCCUCAGAGAGCUUGUCAUCUACAGCAAUGACCUGCGGCUGAUCCCACAUUGUCUGAACAAACUGCCUCUGCUGAAAAUAGACGUGCGUGACAAUCCUUUGGGACAACCCCCGACCCCGCCUCCUCUCCCUCCUACACCUUAUCAAGCAGAAAGAAAAAUUCCAGAGUUGCAUCUCGGAUUUAAGCAGCACAGUUUCUGUGUUUCGUCUGCUGGGUGUCAUGUGUUUCUCCCAGGGGGGGCUGAGCUGCUGUUCCCCCCGGGGUGCCUGGUGACAACCACAAGACUGGAGUGGGUUGAGAAAAGGCCAGAAAGGAAGUGGGUGUGGUUAGAGGAGCAUGACAUCUUACUGAGUCGUCCACUGGAACUUCGUCCUCAUGGAAUUACAUUUUUAAAGCCUGUGGAUGUGUGUGUGCCAUAUCCUCGGACGAAAAGAAGGGAGGUGGUGGUGCAGAGGUUUGACGGACAGUCAUGGAGCACUCUGCCCACUGUUCUGAGGAGAGGAAGUGAGGGGCAUAGCAGUCACCCUGGUGGACGUCCGGCCAGGCUGGCCUGCUGUGCGGUGAACCAGUUCUCCUGGUUUAUGGCCGUGUCCCGUCCAGUAAAGGACAGUUGCUCUGUCACACCAGCUGGAGCUCUGCUGGUGUCCAGCUCUGACCCUGGAAUUAAGCUCCACUUCCCUCCAGACUCCACCGUGCAGACCCGCGCUAUAACUUUACAGGUGCUGCAGGUGCCUAUGUCAGAGGUGCAGGCGCUGUGUGGUGAUCCUCAGGCUAGUGUUAGCCCUCUCCUCUGCCUCUCCCAGACUCCCAGCAUACAUUUCCUGCAGCCUAUCAAAGUUCAGGUCCCUCUGCCAUCUGGAGUCACAGGCCACACAGUUGAUAUGUCCUGUUUGCAUCUGCUACAUGGAGACCCCAGUGCUCAAACCUGGACUGACAUUACAUCGCAGGUGUCUCUCUACGUUACCCAUUUGUAUGCUAUUUUCUACAUCACACAUUUCUCCUGGUACUGGCUGUGGUACACCACUCAUCGCUGUGUUAGCGGGGUAGUCAGGAAGGUCUAUCAAAAGCUAAAACAGUUCAAAGUCCAGUUCCUCGUCCUCCAGCGGAAAACUGAUCCUUCACAAGUUAUGCUACAGUGUUUACCUUCUAACAAGGUGGACAGCAGAGUGCAGUCUCUGUCAGAGCAAUAUGAUGGACCACAGCCUUCAGACCUGUGUGACCUGCUGGAAGGAGAGCAGUUCUUUGCUGGCUUUGAGAAAGGCUUAGAUAUCAGCACAGAGAGCCCAGACUGCGUGGGAGGAAGACUGCGUUUUGAGUUUUACUCCAGCCUGAAGAAUCUGAAGGAAGUGUACAUCUGUCCAGCUCAGGGUCAGAAGGGGCCAGUGAGGGGACAAGUGUCUUUUUAUAGAGGGGAGAUUCCCAACAAUCUGCCAGAGGAAGUGGCGAGGAAGAGGAAAGGAGAUGACAGCCAGUGGCUUGCAACUUUACCGCUAAGACUUCCUGCUCUAAACUCAGAAAAUAAUUUCAUCAUGGAGGAGCUGCAGUAUCCUCCUCUGAACCUGGGUGACCCUGAGAGCGGCUACCUCACAGAAGCCAACCUGCUGUCCAUCUCUCUCCAGAUAGGACAGGACUGGCGUGCUAUUGGUAUCAAUCUUGGCUUAAGCUACCAGGAGUUGGACCGCAUCCAGUACAAGUACAGGGACAACCUGGGAACUUUGGUGCUGGACAUGCUUUUCCACUGGGCCCGGGGACAGAGGAACGCAGGACCAGGGGCAGUGUCGAGGCUCGUGUCCGCUAUGAUAGAGAGCGGCAGGAGGGACCUGGCGGAUGAGAUUGAGGACAUUGUCAGUAUAGGGAGGAGAAAGUACUCAGAGUCACUGAGGAGAGUGGGCCUGGAAGCAGAGGGCUCCUCCCUCGGUGAAACACAGCAGUAGAGGAACCCACACUGGGUGCAGAUGGCUGACUUACACUUGAGUAACCCGUUUGUUUACAAUGUCCCCCCCCCCAUCAUCUCAUCCUGCUGUCUAAACAACUGUCCUAGAGUACAAAGAAAUCUCUCAAUCAUGAUAGCCAGAGACUAGCUGGUGGCCUUUCAGAGACCUACAGGAGACAGGUGAAAUGGAUGAACUGCAUUUAGGUGGAUGGCCUGUGGCUUGUUUUCACCACUUUUUAAAAACUAUUUCAGUGUGCGAGCAACACUGUGGAGGCUGGUUCCCGACAGCAAAAUAAAUGAAUUGAGGAAACGUUCUGCUACCAAUACCCGGAAAUUUCUCCGAUACUGCCCGAAAUACGGUAUCAGAGAGUAUGCAUCUGUGCACCGAUCCGAUACGGGGUAAUUUAUUAGCCCUAAAAUGGGAUGGCGAAGUGACCCCCCUCCUACGACUCUUACAAAGGGUUUAACCUGAGCCAGGCCACACAACUGCAGCAGACUUACACACACAGACUUUGUAGUAUUUGUUAUAAAAUAAUAAUUUACAGAAUAUAUAUAUUUAUUUCUAUUUUUUAAUGCACAUGUAUAGGAUUCGUCCUAGGAAUCAAUAUCGGGAAGGCAAAACAUCUCUAAUGAAAGGUAAAUGUGAUAAAAAUAAAAACACUCACGGUAAGUCUAAAUUAUGAAACACUAAGUCACAAGUGACUUUAAUGACUUCAUUCUUAAUAUUUUUGUGAUUAGUAUGUCAUAAUUUGGAUUUAGUAUCUCAUUACUGUCACAUAAUAUUAAACCAAAGCUUAUAAUUGACACAGAAUCUCCUAAUUUUUGACAAUGUCCUCAUUAUGACUCAGUGACUCAUUUGACUUACUGUGAGUAUUUUCAUCCUAAUGUUAUGUUUUAUUUUUUCAUUUUCCAAGAAAUUAAAAUUCCAUGAAAUUCAGGACCGAGUUAAGAGGCUGAACAAACACUGGGAGCUGUUGGGACUUACUGAAAGUGCAAGAGGAGGCCAUUUUUAUGGUUGAUUAAAUGUCUUCCUUGUGUGCCUUUGUUCACCUAGAAACCAGCUCAGCUGCAGCACAAUCUCAGUGACAAAUCAGGAAAUGUUUUUACAUUGUUUUCAUCUUUAGUAAAAACUCAUAUAAAGAAA